AUGAGCGAGUCCGCACGAGUUCGGCCUCUCCCAUCACUUCCCGAGUUCAUCCUGUCGCCCAGUGGACAUCUUGCUCUCCUUCCCUCCAACCAAUUGACCUACUCUUCUGCAAUGUCUGAUCUUUCCAGUAAAUACGUUUUGCAAACCGCUGGCUUCGACGCCCGGUUCCCUAAUACGAACCAGACGUGGCAUUGCUUCCAGAACUACACCGACUAUUUCAAGUGUAUCGCCGCCAAGGGUGAGGACUUCGCACCCUGCAAGCAGUUCAAGCGGGCGUACAACUCGCUUUGCCCAAACGAAUGGACCACUAAGUGGGAUGAGCAGCGAGAGAGCGGCACGUUCCCUGCUUCGCUGGAGCCGUGA